AGACUAUCUGGUGGAUGGUCAACUUCUUCUUUUUCAAAAUUUUCAUUUUCUACUCUGAACUUCCAAUGAUGGAACAGACGGAUACAAAUGCAAAUUUAUAUUAUCAAUAAAAAGAACAUGAACUGAUGAUGGCUUCAAGACCGAAAUCUGGAGAGCAUUGUACCGAUGAUGCUAGCUCUGCAGCUACUACUCUCUUCAACUUUGAGUGCCAAAUUACACCCAAGAGCAGACAGAAGUUCUGGAACUUAUUGUGAAAAUCUGAAGGAAGCUUAUAACGUUGAUCUCAAGAAGAAAGAUGUAGAAAUUGCUCAAUUGAAAACUCAGCUUCAGGACGUUUACUAUCAGAGGGAAAUUGUGGCCUCACUAUCAGCGAUGAUCAGUCGAAUGUUAGUUCUGAUAAUAGCGACGGAAGCAGUAGAAGUAGUAUGA